AUGACGGCCAACGACAAAGGGCCAGCUAGUCCAGAUUUCCAAGUCGCACUCGACCAGGAAAAGAUUCAAGCCGUCGGCAUUGAGUCUCAGACCCCAGUUGAUGGCAAAGAUGUCGCAGCACAGUUUCUCGCUCACCUGGAUCCGACUGUCGCAGCAGACCCAGUGAGUGAGGCCGAAUCACGCCGCGUGUUAUGGAAAAUCGACCUGAUCCUCAUUCCCCUGAUCAUGGUGACAGUAGUCCUGGCCGCCAUCGACAAAGUCAUCAUCUCAAACGCGGCCAUAUACGGCAUGAAGACGGACACCCACUUGACUGGCGACCAAUACUCGUGGGUAGGCUCGGUCUUCUACUUUGGAUACCUUGCCUUCGAGUACCCAGCAGCGCUGCUCAUUCAACGGCUUCCUGUCGCCAAGCUGAUAUCAGGGUUGGUUGUCAGUUGGGCAGUCCUGUUACUGUGCACCGCGGCAACGCAGAACUUCGCGGGCCUGGCUACAGUGCGCUUCUUGAUGGGCAUGACGGAAGCCGCUGUUUUUCCCAUUUCCAGUAUUCUAACUGUCAUGUGGUGGAAGACCAGCGAACAACCGCUCCGUGUCGCUUUCUGGUUCAACCAGUUGUCUUCUGUCUUCUCGGGCCUGGUGAGCUACGGUAUCGGUCAGACGCACACCGCACUAGCACCAUGGAGGCUACUCUUCGUAGCGUUGGGCUGUUUUACCCUCAUCUGGGCUGUGGUGCUAUUCGUCUUUUUGCCUGACUCCCCGGUGACAUGCUGGUAUUUUUCUGAUCGCGAGAAAUUCGUCUGCCUCGAGCGUGUUAAAGACAACAACACCGGCAUGGAAGACAAAACCAUCAAAUGGUACCAAGUGCGCGAAUGUCUCCUCGAUCCGAAGACAUGGCUUUUGGCGCUGUUCUCCCUUGCCCAGAAUAUCCCCAACGGUGGCCUGGUCACCUUUUCCGCCAUCAUCGUCACAGGUUUGGGGUACACGCCGCUGAUCACCACCGUCCUGGGUAUCCCGACCGGUGUCCUUGCAACAGUAUGGCAGAUCCUGCUAGGCUUCAUUGCUGCCAACGUCCCCAACUCCCGCUGCAACAUCAUCGCCCUGGCCAACCUGGUGCCUAUGGCCUGCGCCAUCUUGAUGUGGAAGCUACCACGCGAGAACCAGCAAGGCUUGUUGGCAGCAUACUACGUCUUCUAUACCUACUGGGCGCCGUACGUGCUGUCGACUUCACUUCCCAUGGCGAAUACCAGCGGGCACAGCAAGAAGCUCACCAUGAAUGCGAUCUUUUUCUUGGCGUAUUGCAUCGGCAAUAUUAUUGGGCCUCAAUGCUUCCGUGCCACUGAUGCUCCAUCGUAUUCUAGGGGAUAUGAGGGUCUCCUGGCGUGUCUGGUUGUGGCGAUUGCGUCUAUUGUUUCCUAUGGACUUCUUUGCCGAUGGGAGAACAGUCGCCGCGAUAAGACAGGGCAGGAGACUAUGGAGUUAUCGGGGGAUGCUGCGUUCUCGGAUCUGACGGAUAAGGAGAAGCAGUCUUUCAGGUAUACUUAUUAG